UCAUAUUUUACGAGAAGCGCGACUGUUCGAAACCGAAACCGACCAUGCUAUGAUGCUGCUGAUGCUACGGAGGCAAGCACAACCGGCACAAACACGUACACCAUGACUGGAUUAGCGAGCAGGAAAAACAGGAAGGUACAAGACAGAAUUGUUUUGGAAGGACGUCGUCUGAUUGCAGAUGCCCUUGAAUCUGGAUUGCAACUGGAAAACAUUUACUUCACACUUGAGGAGAGCCUGCAAGGCCUUCCGUUGGACAGAGUAGGGGAAGGUCAACUAAAGAAGGUCUUCUACAAGAAAAUGAAAGUAUGGUCAAAUCUCACAACCUGCCCAGGAAUAAUGGCCAUCUUCAGAAAGCCAACCGGGGAUGCCAUGUUGCACAGGGCCGGCGUUCUUCCCCUGACCGUAAUAUGCGACAACGUACGAGACCCGGGAAACAUGGGAGCCAUUUUGAGAAGUGUCGCAGCUGCUGGUUGUAGACGUAUACUGCUCAUGAAAGGAUGUGUGGACGUCUGGGAAUCGAAAGUGUUGCGUUCCGGAUCUGGAGCCCAUUUUCGUUUUCCUAUUUACAACAACGUCCCUUGGGAGCAUCUGCCAAGCUAUAUUGAACAAGCUGCAACCGUUUACUUAGCAGACAACAGACACGAAAGCACAGGCUUGCAAGCGGAGGCUGAGGCCUCAGCAGAUGAGGAGGAGGAGGAGGAGGAAGUGGAGGAAACAGAAUUUACUAUGAAAACUGAAGAAGGCAGAGUCUUGAAGGUGGACAAGCUCUAUUUGGACCCAAAUGAGCUUGAAUCAGCUCGGAGCUACAAACUUCAAUGCAAGGAAUACACAGAGGUUGAGUACAACCAACGGGAGAGUGUGCUUGUGGUCGGUGGUGAAACUCAUGGAUUAAGCCCUCAAUCAUUCCUGCUAGCUAGAAACUAUGGUGGCAUGAGGGUGCACAUCCCUUCGGACGGUGGUGUGGAAAGUCUCAAUACUGCAGUAGCUGCAUCCGUAUUGAUAUUUGAAAUUCGACGGCAGCUCAGUCAGGGUUUGCUGGAUAGGCAAGGACUGCAUUCACCAUACAGUUAACAGCUUCUUCAGCCUCUCUGAAGUGGUAAAAGAACACAACUGCUACUUGUCAGGAGGAGAGGGCCUUGGCAGAGUGCAUUUAAAAAUGAUGCCCCAGGGGCAUUUUUAAAUGUUGUGUCAGCAAUUCAGUUGCUGUGAUGAAAUAUUCUGCAAGUUAUUGAGCCACUGACAUGCCCUUGAACACAGUUCACAGAAAAUAAACCUGUCCUUGAACAGUUUAACUUACUA